AAAUUUACAAAUCAGACCAUAUAAACAAUUAUUUAUUAUAAAAUUUUAUUUGUAAUUUUUAACUAUAAAUCUGAUAGAUAUGCCCUUUUGCCAAGAUAAUUGUCUUAAUUACGUUCAAUCGCAUACUAUAUCAAAUAGUUCCAAGCGUAAAACCGAUUUUUUUAAUCAGCAACAUAAUUCUCAAAUCGAAUUUAAUGCUGAUCAGUUUCCUAACCCCAAGAAGGCUUGCUUUAAUAUUAUAGAUUUGGAUACUAAAAUUUAUGGUAACUCAGAUUUUAUUCAAAAUACCUCCAUAAAACCGUUACCUGAAAACGUUAACGAUGCUAAUCAGGUGCAGAAUCAACUAACGAAUAUGGAUGUAUCACAAAAUAAUCCAAACAAUAUAACCUACGACACAAGAAAAAAUCAAACUAUGAAAAGUGUUAAUCUUGGUAAAUGCCACUGUUUUCCUUCAUGGGAUGGAUUGGAUAGUCAAAUGCCUUAUUCAAAUUUUUAUUAGAAUAUUUUAUCAUUAGUUAAUAAUAUUUUAUAGCAAAUGAAUAUUAAAUAGAUUUGAAAUUAUUAUUUAUAUACAAAUUUAUGUAUUAAAUCCCUCUAUAUUUUAUUGGUAUAUAUUUUAAUUUAAUAAAAAAUAUCAUUAUUCA